CCCCGCUCGCCCUCGGCUAGGCAAGCAGCACAGGCGGCGCAGGCAGGCAGGCAGGCAGCGCCCCGGGCAGGCAGGAGCAGCCCCGCCGCCCCUCCCUCCCUCCCUCCGCCGCCCCGAUGGACGACAUCUUCACGCAGUGCCGGGAGGGCAACGCCGUGGCCGUGCGCCUCUGGCUGGACAACACUGAGAACGACCUCAACCAGGGAGAUGACCACGGCUUCAGCCCGCUGCACUGGGCCUGCCGGGAGGGCCGCUCCAGCGUGGUGGACAUGCUGGUCAUGCGUGGGGCGCGCAUCAAUGUCAUGAACCGUGGCGAUGACACCCCCCUGCACCUGGCUGCCAGCCACGGCCACCGUGACAUUGUGCAGAAGCUCAUCCAGUUUAAAGCGGACAUCAAUGCCGUGAAUGAACAUGGAAACACGCCCCUGCACUACGCCUGCUUUUGGGGCCAGGAGCAGGUGGCUGAGGACCUGGUGAGCAGCGGGGGUCUUGUCAGCAUCUGCAACAAAUAUGUGGAAACACCCUUGGACAAAGCAAAGGCGCCCCUGCGGGACUUGCUGAGAGAACGAGCGGAAAAGUUGGGCCAGAGUCUGACUCGCAUUCCCUACAAAGACACCUUUUGGAAGGGCACAACGCGAACACGCCCCCGCAACGGGACUUUAAACAAGCUGGCUGGGAUCGACUUUCGGCAGCUGAGUCUGGGCCACAAGCUCAACGAGAACCAAUCAGGAGAGCUGUGGAAGGGGCGCUGGCAAGGCAACGACAUCGUGGUCAAGGUCCUGAAGAUACGGGACUGGACGACGCGCAAGAGCCGGGAUUUCAACGAGGAGUACCCCAAGCUGAGGAUCUUCUCGCACCCCAAUGUGCUGCCAGUUCUGGGUGCCUGCCAGGCCCCUCCUGCGCCCCACCCCAUCGUCAUCACCCACUGGAUGCCCUAUGGCUCCUUGUACAACGUGCUUCACGAAGGCACAAAUUUUGUGGUGGACCAGUGCCAAGCAGUGAAGUUUGCCUUGGACAUUGCGCGUGGCAUGGCAUUCCUGCACACGCUGGAGCCACUCAUCCCGCGCCACUAUCUGAACAGCCGCAGCAUCAUGAUUGACGAGGACAUGACUGCCCGAAUCAGCAUGGCAGAUGUCAAGUUUUCUUUCCAGUGCCCCGGCAGGAUGUAUGCCCCUGCAUGGGUAGCACCAGAGGCUCUACAGAAGAAGGCAGAGGAGAUCAACCGCCGCUCAGCAGACAUGUGGAGCUUUGCAGUGUUGCUCUGGGAACUGGUGACGCGGGAGGUGCCGUUUGCUGACCUCUCCAACAUGGAGAUCGGCAUGAAGGUUGCCCUGGAGGGCUUGCGACCCACCAUCCCACCCGGGAUCUCCCCCCACAUUUGCAAGCUGAUGAAGAUCUGCAUGAAUGAGGAUCCAGCGAAGCGCCCCAAGUUCGAUAUGAUUGUCCCCAUCCUUGAGAAGAUGCAGGAGAAGUGAGGGGGGCCUCCUCCACCUUUCGUAGGUGCUUGCCCCUCGCCUCGCCUCGCCCAAGUGCCUUUGGGAGGUGGUGCCGCCGCCAGACAGACAGGGUGCGUUCCCUGGUCCUGAGACAAUACGGUACAGCUGGAGCCACUGCCUCGGCUUUCCCGCCCGCACAAGAGCAGGGGGGCAUGCCUGCUGUACGCUGCCUUGUCCUUCAGUUGUGUAACCGACCUCUUGCUGCCGCUUCGUGUCCCUCCACCACACACUCCGCCAUUUACAAUCACCUGCCUGCCAAUGACUCAGUUUUUGUUUUUUUCUACACAGCCCUAAGGCCACGCCACAGGGGCUUGAAAUAAAAUUGUUAUUAAAGGACA